UCGCAGCAACACUAUUUAAUGACUUUCGGAUAUUUACCUCAGUCUGAUUUCGAGAUCGGGAACCUUAGGACGGAAGAAGAAUUGAUAAAUGCCAUCAAGGAAAUGCAGACAUUCGCUGGAAUUCCGGCAACUGGGAAAAUCGAUGAGAAGACGUUGAAAUUGAUGCACACUCCACGUUGCGGUUUGCCGGACGUGGACAAGUCGUUCGGAGGUGAUAGAACGCGACCCAAGCGCUAUUUGCUGCAAGGACAACGAUGGCCACGCACGGCGUUGACUUGGACAAUAACAAACUUCACCAAAGACUUGGCCGAAGAGGACGUGAGGAAUCAACUGGGGCGUGCGUUGAGUAUAUGGGCGAAGGAAAGCAAGCUCACUUUUACCUACAUUCCUACGUAUGCUGUGAAAAACGCAGAAAACGAGGCGGAUAUCGUUGUAUCCUUCCACAAGGGUUAUCACGAAGAUGGAUAUCCGUUUGACGGCGAGGGCGCGAUUUUGGCUCAUGCGUUUUUCCCUGGCACUGGUCGGGGUGGCGACGCACAUUUCGACGACGAAGAGCGCUGGAAGGGCAAGCGAAUCGACGGCACGGAAGGGACAAUGAGUUUGUUCGCGGUAGCGGCUCACGAAUUCGGCCACUCCCUGGGACUGUCGCACUCGUCAGUGGACACUGCGUUGAUGUACCCGUGGUACCGUGGGUUCUCGGACAACACACCGCUCCCCACUGACGACAAAUACGGAAUACAACAGCUGUAUGGGCGAAAUGAGGAUUCCCCCGACGUUGACACAUUGCCGACGUUUCGAACCCGGAUUCCGCCUUCGGGAGUUUUGACGACGACGACGACAUCGACUACAGCAGCGCCGAGAGUUGACACAAAUGACGUCGGGUUGCCGACUCUGCCACCUGGGAGACCCGAUCUGUGCGACACUGUGUAUGAUGCUGUCGCUGUCAUCCGAGAAGAGCUUUAUGUUUUCAGGGGGCCCUACUUCUGGAGGAAAGGAAAACAAGGAAUAUAUUCCGAAACGCCGACUGAGAUCACGCGGUUCUGGUACGGAUUACCAGAGAACACCACACACAUUGAUGCGAUUUACGAACGGUUGGAUCAACGGAUAGUCAUCUUUGUUGGAAAACAAUAUUGGGUAUUCAAAGACAAUUCUCAAGAGCCCGGAUACCCGAAAAGUUUAACAGCGCUAUGGCUUCCCAAAGAUUUGGAGCGAAUCGACGCCGCGAUGGUUUGGGGUCACAAUAGCAAAACUUAUUUUUUCAGUGGCACGAUGUACUGGAGGUAUGAUGAAGACGCGGGGCACGUUGAGCUUGAUUAUCCCCGGGAUAUGUCGACUUGGCAGGGGAUCCCUUAUCACAUCGAUGCAGCCACUCAAUUUACUGACGGGAAAACGUAUUUCUUCAAGGACAAGUCGUACUACGAAUUCGACGACUUGCGAUUCCGGGCCAAGAACCGCGGCGUGCCUUACCUGUCGGCUCCGUUUUGGCUGGGUUGUCCAACGCGGGCAGAAAUGCCCAAGCUCCAGUCCGUCCCGCAGAACCUCAACGAAGACGACGGCGAUGAUUGGGCCGUCGACAAUCCCGGGGGACGUCGCUACGUUGCCGGCGGAGCGUCCUUGCCGCGUCUGCUGUCCUCGUCCUGGCCCCAUUCGGCCGCCGUCGUCGUUGUGGUAUCCAUUGGACUCGUGACGUCGACGGCCGCCGGUUUUGUCUAG